AGGCCGUAUUUAAAGGUGGGUGAACCUCACCGUGAGGCUUCCCGCGGAUUCCUCGAGAAAGAUCUUAGGUGGUCGCGAGACAUAGUAGUCGGCGCGCGAACAGGUUUCACAUCGUGACAAUAGCAGACUUCACCCUACAUACAGCCUCAUCCUCACCAUGUCUUCUGGGAACGCUAAGAUCGGCCAUCCGGCUCCUUACUUCAAGGCUACGGCUGUGGUGGAUGGUGCCUUUAAGGAGAUUUCCCUCUCUGAUUACAGAGGGAAGUAUGUGGUGCUGUUCUUCUACCCCCUGGACUUCACCUUUGUAUGCCCCACGGAGAUCGUGGCCUUCAGUGACCGGGCAGAGGACUUUCGCAACAUUGGGUGUGAGAUAAUUGGUGCCUCCAUUGACUCUCAUUUCAGUCACCUGGCCUGGAUCAACACCCCAAGAAAACAAGGGGGCCUGGGCCCUAUGAAGAUCCCACUGGUAGCUGACCUGACCAAGUCCCUUUCCCAUGACUAUGGGGUGCUAAAGGAGGAUGAGGGCAUUGCAUACCGGGGCUUGUUUGUGAUUGAUGACAAGGGCAUUCUGAGGCAGAUUACAAUCAAUGACCUGCCUGUGGGUCGCUCUGUGGAUGAGACAUUGCGCUUGGUGCAAGCCUUCCAGCACACUGACAAAUAUGGAGAAGUGUGUCCAGCUGGCUGGAAACCAGGAAAGGACACAAUUAUUCCAGAUGUCCAGAAGAGCAAGGAGUUCUUCUCGAAGCAGAAUUGAAUCCCCCUUCCUAUAUGUAAACAUGUUGGGAAGACCACCUACAACUCAGUACUGAAUUCAAAAGACCUUCAAUCCACACCUAUCUUGCUGCACAUCAAAAGCACUGAAUCAUGUCCCUGUUCUAAAUAAGUUAGUCUUGAGUCAAGAGCACUGAAAUUUCUGCCUGAAUUGUUAGAGGUUCUUGUAUCUGGAAAUGACUAAAGAGCCAGUGUUGCAAAAAACUAAUCAUGUCUGCAGUAAUCAAAUAAAUGGAAUUUAAGACUU